GUUUGGUCUUCUCGCUCAUUCCGUCUUCUUUCGGUUCAUAACAAAAUAGAUACCGGCAAACAUGGCGGACACCACUAAGAAAGAAGUUGUUGAAGAUAAAAAGGAUGAUAAGAAAGCAAAGGAAGACGAGAAAGAGAUGGACCUUUCUGAAGAAGAUAAGCAGCUACAAGAUGAGUUGAACAUGUUAGUGGAAAGACUGACAGAAUCUAACCAAGCUUUAUAUAAGCCUGCUCUGGAAAGUCUAAGGACACAAAUAAGAGCAUCAACAACUUCGAUGACCUCCGUACCAAAACCUCUCAAGUUCUUGAGGCCUCAUUAUGAUACCCUGAAAACUGUUUAUGAAAAAAUCAAAGAUAAAGAAACGCAGAGAUUUUGUGCUGACAUUAUCUCAGUACUAGGAAUGACCUUCAGUGAUAACAGAGAAAGUUUGAAAUACAGGCUUUUAGGGUCUAAAGAGGCCAUUGGCUCAUGGGGACAUGAAUAUGUCAGACAUUUAGCUGGUCAGGUGUCUAUAGAAUGGCAGGACUUGACCGAGGCAGACAGGGAUAUAAAGGAGAGGUUGUUAAUUAUGGCCAAGGAGAUUGUGCCGUAUCAUAUGGCCCACAAUGCUGAGGCGGAGGGAUGUGAUCUGUUGAUGGAGAUAGAAAGACUUGAUCUUCUACAAGAUUAUGUUGAUGAUACAGCUUAUACUAGAGUCUGUCUCUAUCUGACAAGCUGUGUAGCAUAUGUACCAGACCCGGAGAAUCUUACCCUUCUUAAGACAGCAGUAGAUUUAUACAGGAAAUUUAAACAGUAUCCUCAGGCAUUAAGAUUUGCCAUGCAGCUGAAUGAUCAAAAACUGGUGGAAGAAAUCUUCUAUUCUUGUAAAGACAGUUUAGUACAGAAGCAGCUAGCAUUUAUGUUAGGACGUCAGCAGGUAUAUCUUGAACUGAAUGAUGAGAUGGAGGAUUACGAUGAGCUGACAGAGAUCAUGUCUAAUGCUCACCUUAAUAACCAUUUCCUAGCUCUAGCUAGAGAGUUGGACAUCAUGGAACCCAAAGUACCUGAAGAUAUAUACAAAUCUCAUCUUGAACCAACAAGAGGUUCUAUAGGACCAUCAAAUGUUGACUCUGCCAGACAGAAUCUAGCUUCAUCAUUUGUUAACGGAUUUGUUAAUGCUGCAUUUGGUCAGGACAAACUUCUCAUGGAAGAUGGAAAUAAAUGGUUAUAUAAAAACAAGGAACAUGGAAUGUUAACAGCUACAGCAUCUCUAGGUCUUAUAUUAUUAUGGGAUGUAGAUGGUGGUCUUACACAGAUAGAUAAAUAUCUCUACUCAUCAGAGGAUUAUAUCAAGGCCGGUGCAUUGUUAGCAUGUGGUAUUGUUAACUCGGGAGUUAGAAAUGAGUGUGAUCCAGCCCUAGCUUUACUCUCUGAUUAUGUCAUGCAUAAUAGUAAUACUAUGAGAAUUGGAGCUAUUAUUGGACUUGGUCUAGCGUAUGCUGGUUCUAACAGAGAUGAUGUUUUACAGUUAAUUCUUCCUGUGCUUGGAGAUUCUAAAUCUAGUAUGGAGGUACUUGGUAUAGCAGCUCUAGCAUGUGGUAUGAUCUCAGUUUCUAAAUGUAACGGAGAUGUUACCUCUACAAUACUACAAACAAUGAUGGAAAGAUCCGAGGCUGAACUUAAAGAUACAUUUGCUAGAUAUCUAGCACUUGGUCUGGCUUUAACAUACCUAGGUAAACAAGAAGCAGUAGAUGCGACACUGGCUGCACUAGAAGUUGUUGGUGAACCAUUAAAAUCCAUGGCUUAUAUGCUGGUAGAUGUUUGUGCAUAUGCUGGUACUGGUAAUGUGUUGAAGAUACAACAAUUGUUACAUCUGUGUUCAGAACAUGAUGAGAAAAAAGAUCAGGAUAAGAAUGAGAAUAAAGAAGAUAAAAGUAAAGAUAAGAAGAAAGAUAAGAAAGAGGAGGAAAAGCCAGCGGGACCAGAUCUGACAGCACAACAAGGUGUUGCUGUACUAGGGCUCGCACUUAUAUCUAUGGGAGAAGAUAUUGGCUCUGAAAUGUGCUUUAGGUCUUUCAGUCACUUGUUACGAUACGGAGAAGUUGGUAUAAGACGAGCUGUACCUUUAGCCCUCGGUCUUCUCUCUGUAUCUAAUCCUAAACUACAGAUACUAGAUACACUUAGUAAAUUUUCACACGACACUGAUGCAGAGGUCUCACAUAAUUCUAUAUUUGCUAUGGGCUUAGUUGGUGCAGGAACAAACAAUGCAAGAUUGGCAGCUAUGUUACGUCAGCUGGCAGUAUAUCACAGUAAAGAUGCCAAUAACUUGUUUAUGGUACGUCUAGCACAGGGUCUCACACAUCUUGGUAAGGGGACAUUAACUCUGUGCCCCUACCAUAGUGAUCGUACAUUGAUGAGUCCUGUAGCUGUAGCCGGGCUUCUCUCAGCUCUUAUCUCCUGUCUGGAUGUUAAAAAUUUGGUUCUCGGGAAAUCUCAUUACUUAUUGUAUCACCUGGUGGCAGCAAUGCAGCCUAGAAUGUUGGUAACAUUUGAUGAAGAAAUGCGUCCUCUACCUGUAGCUGUCAGAGUUGGUCAGGCUGUAGAUGUGGUAGGACAGGCAGGUAAACCUAAAACUAUCACAGGUUUCCAGACACAUACAACACCUGUAUUACUAGCAUAUGGCGAGAGGGCAGAACUUGCUACAGAUGAAUAUCUACCAAUGACUCCUGUGAUGGAAGGAUUUGUUGUAUUGAAGAAGAAUCCCGACUUUGAAUCUACGUGAUUUAUUUAAAUCCCAACAUCAUCUUGUAUAGUGCUCUACAUUUACUUUAUUAAAAAGGACAACAAAUUUCCUGACAUAAAUAUGAAUAAAAGGAAAUAAAUUGUUUAUAUAAAUUAAUAUUGAUAUGUCUAUUUAGCAUACUGAUCUAAAUAAAAAAUGCUUUUAGUUACCAAAAGGUCACAAUGUUCCUUUAAAAUUGCAAUAGUCUCAGAAUAAAGAAAACUGUAAUAUGUUUAGAAUAAAUAGGUGAUGAUAAAACAAGAGUUGCUAGGUAUUAUUACCUACUAACUAGUAUUUCAAUUUCUUGACUGUGAAACUGUUGUUAAAUAUAGUUGCACAUAGAGAAAUAGAUAUAUAAAAAAGUCUUUUUUAAGGCUAAUAUUUGUAUAAUCUGUUUUGGUUUUCGGUUCAAAUAGAACAUUAAAAAGCACAAGGCUAUUUGCUGACUGGGGACCAUGCAACUGAUUGAAACAUAAACCAAUGGUUUUUAUACCAUUGUCAUGAAAUGUUUUAUAGGAAAAAAUGAAAUGUUGUAAUUCAAGUAAUGAAGAAAACUUUUGAUAUUUUCUUGGUAUGCUAACAUUGCUUAAAUGUUUUGUGAAUGACUAAAUUAAAGUUUAAA